CGCUCCCAGCGGGCAGGAGGAGGGCGCCGGUUGCCAUGGAGAAGCGCCUGCUGCUGCCCCUGUGCCUGUGCUGGGCCCUGAGCGCGGGGGGCGCCGAGCGCAGCGGGCUCCCCAACCUCCUCAUCCUGCUCAUGGACGAUCACGGGCAGCGCUGUUGACGGGACGUCUCCCCAUCAGGAAUGGGUUCUACACCACGAAUGCACAUGCCAGAAAUGGUGCGAACAUCAGUGCUGCUUCUCCUGGAAAUGCUUUUUCUUCCUUUAUUCUUUGCCUUUUCGCUUAGCAGCAGGCAUGGCUGAAUAUUGGCAUUUGGCUCUGUGUUCUCCCUUCAUGGGUUUUCCAGGAGGUACAUUUUCAGAGUGACAACAAGGGAUUGGCAUGUAGCUCCACUGCACUUAAUAAGAACAGGUGUGAAGUCUAUUGCUUCUUACACAUGAUGCUGGAAAGGACGGACAUCGCCAAAUGUUCGCAUUAAGCAAAAAGACCUAAGUUAAAAUGUUAAUCUGUUUGCUUCUGCUGGCUGAGAUGUUGUUUCCUUGGGUGGGCUAAUAAACAUUGAGUGAAAGAAGAAAAGUGACAUGGGAUAUGGUGUUAACGUCCUAGGUUAAGAACAAGCUGUUUAAAAUCCAGUCUGUCAUGGGGUUUACUAAUCACUGCUGGGACACCUCCUUGUAGUUCAUCUGGGGAUUAGCUCUUGACCAGUCUAAUGCCCCCUCCUUCAGUUGCUCAUCCCACAGUCUCUCUCUCUCUGGACUCGGGUUGCUCCCUCUUUUGAUCCGCUAGCCAGUCAGUGCCACUUUUCCAGUGGCCAGUAGGGGAAUCCAGGCCUGCCCACUACUCGGGGUUCCAGUCCAGGGACACUAUGCCCAGCAACCACAGUCUGCUCCAGCUCUAACCUUGUUGCCAAUUCCAUGGGCUUUUUCCUGCCUUUCUUCCCUAUCUUCUGGCCCCCCUCUUCUCCCUGUGGCUAUGUCACCCUCCCCUUGGGUUCUUGCCAGAGUCUGUAUUCUAAGGCAGGAUCCCAGGGCUUACCCCCUCAGGCCACCUCCUCAUCUCUGAUCAAUUGCCUUCCUCACUAGGGAGUGACUGCAGAGCUCCUCCCUGCAGCCCUUCUCCUCCCACCAACUUCCUCUCUUUAGAAGCCUAUCCCAACUCCUCCUCCAGCAGGGCUUCAUCAGCUGUUAGGCCUUAGUAGUCCCUGCCUUGCUUCCUGAUGCAACCUGUCCUGUAAGGUUAAUUGGCCAUUUUUAACAGGUUCAAGUCUUGUGUGGGGCGAACACCGUAUCAUACAGUCUUACAGAAGUAAACCUUUCCCAGCCAGUUAAACAAGGACAGUUACAUAACACGAUGCUGUCUGCCAGGAGAGCUCUCCUCCAGAACUCAUGAAGGAAUGUACCUGCUCAGAAUGUCUUUGGGUUGAUCUAGUUGGUGUCUAGUUCUAAAAUUAGAGGUGCUUUAUGAGACCAUGCAUUCUGGGCACACACAGCUACCUAUUGGUUCACACUGUCCAUCAGUAGGAGAACUUGGGUAUCUCCUAACUCACUGACGGUUGUGCCCUGUGUUCUCAACUACAAAAUAUUGGAGGCACGCUAUUUUGGAUCAGCCAGUGCAUUUUGAGCAAGUCCAUUUGUCCUUUAUUUAAUUAAUCCUUUGACUUAUAAAAAUGCACUAAUUGUAGAUAACUUCAAGCAGUUUGGCAAAAGUAUAAACCAAACGGCCCCAAUUUGCUCUCCUUACAGCCACCCCUACCUGCAUCUACACUGUCCCUCCAGCCAACAAAGGCUGCAUGUGUGAAGGGCUCUCUUACCUGGGUCAGUGAGUUUGCUGAGUCAGCUUGUUUCCAGACCUGGUGGGCUAGAGAAUUUGAAUCCUAUACUAUAGUAUUGUUGGACCCUUGAACUAGCCCAAUUUUUGGUCCAAAUAAGCUUAUAGGGAUGUGUCCAUAAGCUUUCAUGACCUGCUUGCUAGCCUUAGUGAUGAGUUAAAAAACAUGUUCUUGUUUUAUACAGCCUAUACGCCACAAGAGAUAGUAGGGGGAAUCCCAGAUUCUGAGCUGCUGCUUCCAGAAUUGCUGAAGAAGGCGGGAUAUGUCAGUAAGAUCAUUGGCAAAUGGCAUCUGGGUCACAGACCCCAAUUUCACCCCUUGAAGCAUGGAUUUGAUGAAUGGUUUGGAUCUCCUAAUUGCCAUUUUGGACCUUACGAUAACAAAGCCACCCCAAACAUCCCUGUUUACAGGGACAGGGAAAUGAUUGGCAGAUAUUAUGAAGAUUUCAAAAUUGAUCUGAAGACAGGGGAAGCAAACUUAACUCAGAUCUACUUACAGGAAGCUCUUGACUUUAUUAGCAGGCAGCAAUCCAGUCAACAGCCGUUCUUUCUCUAUUGGGCUAUUGAUGCCACUCAUGCUCCUGUUUAUGCGUCCAAACAUUUCUUGGGCACUAGCCAGAGAGGGUUAUAUGGUGAUGCAGUGCGAGAAAUUGAUGACAGCAUUGGGAAAAUCCUAAAGUCCCUUCAAAACCUGGGCAUCAGUGAGAACACUUUUGUGUUUUUCACAUCUGAUAAUGGAGCUGCUCUUAUUUCAGCACCUAAACAAGGAGGUAGCAAUGGUCGCUUUCUGUGUGGUAAACAAACCACUUUUGAAGGUGGGAUGAGGGAGCCAGCUAUUGCUUGGUGGCCAGGCCAGAUACCUGCAGGACACGUGAGUCAUCAGAUGGGUAACGUGAUGGAUCUCUUCACCACCAGCCUCUCCCUAGCUGGAUUGCAGCCUCCCAGUGACCGACACAUUGACGGUAUUGACCUUUCUCCUGCCAUCCUGCAGGGCAAGCUAAUUGACAGGCCGAUAUUCUAUUACCGUGGCAACGAGAUGAUGGCAGUAAGACUUGGGCUUUACAAGGCUCACUACUGGACCUGGAGCAACUCCUGGGAGCAGUUCAGUCAGGGUAUUGAUUUCUGUCCUGGGCAGAACAUUUCUGGAGUAACAACCCAUACUCAGGAGGAACACACCAAACUGCCUCUGCUCUUCCACUUGGGAAAGGACCCUGGGGAAAAAUAUCCAAUAAGUUUUUCCAGCUCUGAGUAUCAGGAAGUUAUGGAACAAAUAUUCCCCCAAGUUCAGCUGCACAAGAAGACCAUGGUGCCAGGGGAGCCACAGCUAAACAUGUGUGACAAGGCCGUCAUGAAUUGGGCUCCUCCAGGCUGUGAGAAGCUAGGAAAGUGUUUGGAACCUCCCAAGUCCAAUCCAAAGAAAUGCUUUUGGCCGCAUUAAUAUUCCAACACGCAGGGUCUGCUCGAAAGCCGUAAGCAGCUGAGGUCAUGGUUCACAAUGCACAUGGACACUUGUGUUUACGUCAUGGAAGGGAGUGAUGUAAGAUAACAUCACAUACUCUUCAGAAAGGACCAUGGUUACAGCAUUACUUCUCAGGGUUAUAGCAAUUAGCUUUUGUUUAAUUCAGUGUCUCUCUUAAUGGGUCAAAUGAGAUGUUGCUGCAAUACAGGGUAAAUUUUCAGUAAUGAAUAUAAUUUUUAAAAGAUAUAACUAGAGAAGAUUUUCAGCCAAUCACAACUCUCUCAUUCCCUCAGGAAUGACAUGGCUGUCCAGUCAACUUGCUCCUUUCCCACUCAGGCUGUUCUCGUGGAUAACUCUUCAUUUAAGUGGCCAAAAGUGGCCUCAAGGGAAGGUCCAAGAAGAAGGUUGCCAAGAACUUUCAUACCCUCCAGACAGAAUAUGCCAGAUUUGCUUUGUUUUACUUUCUAGUCACAUAGGAAUAAUGUUUGUAGCUAGCUGCAGUAAUUUUCAGUAACUGUUUUUUAAAAUUGUACUUAUAUUGUAAGCUCUUUGAGGCAUGGCUUUAUUUCCCUUUUAUCUUUUUAGUGUGUGUACGCAGCACCUAGCACAUUGGUCCCUGAUCCUUGGUUGGGCAACUUACGUGCUAUCACACGACAAACAACACCAACGGGCUCUGUGUCUCCCUGCUGUAAACAUUCCCUUCAAUAGCCCAAUAUUAACCAGCAGCUUCCAGGUGGGAGAAUGCCCUGUAUUUCUCAAGCAUGAAUCUGCAAACACAGCUGUGGUGAGCAUGAGCUAGGUAAUAUUUGUAAUGCACUUCGAAGAUGAAAAGUGUGAUGUAAGUGCUAAAUUUUCCUACAGUAUUACAGGGAGUUCCUUUGGGACCCAGGGAUGGCCCGCCGGGGCUUAGUUCAUGAUCCAUUCACUUCAGAAAAUCUGGGUUCAGAUAUGGAUUUGGUCAUACUUCCAGCCUGCCAAAGGAAGUCACUUUUCAGUCAUAUGGGCACAGCCAGCUGGAGGCUCAGAAAGGCCCAUUUGCAUCAGGAUCUUUAGUCUUGGCACUGUUCCCAGUUUAUGCUCUAUGGGGAAUUCUUCUCCCGGUGCAAACUGUCCAAGCACUGCACUCAGCAUCCUGGGGCCAGCAUUCCUGUAAGUGUAGUUCUCAGGAAAUGUGAAUCCCCAGCAGAAUUGCACAUGGAAGGCUCUUCCCCUGGCUCUGUAUCUGGUACUCAUGCGCCUCGCUAGUGCUAGUGGCUUUCUGCUGCACAAAGAAAAGUCCUGUGCAGCUUGUCUGGGCCACUGAAGACCCCACCUCUGUCGCUCCAGAGCACCCAUUUGUCUUGAUGCAGAGGUGAGUUGCUUCAGGACGGAAACAAUCAAGAUACCCCACGCUGCUGCACAGCUCUUCCACUCCUCCCCCCACCAAACCCCACAACUCCAGAUAAACGGAGACAACCAGCUUCAGUGCCAACCAUUAUGCCACCCUUUGCGACCCUGGCUCUACACCUUUUGCCCACACAAGCUCUUCCCCUGCCUCCAAGCCUAAAUAACCCAAUCCGUCUGUUCCCCAAAGUACUUACCUCCUCUAAACCCCUUCACAGAGGCUGGACAGACCCACAGAUAUAGGAUUGUCAAGAAGGGACACUGGAGUUGGCCUUGGCGCCCUUGGUGUCAGGAAUUAUAACCAGGAAUUAUCACCCUCUAGCAGAGCCCUCUUAGUAUCUCUCAGAUCUGCUCGUCUGUUGGCGUGAUUUUUCUGCUGUUCUUCGUCGUAUUUACCUUGUGGGUUAGAGUGUUCCUUGCUAUCCAUCAAAGAUCUCAAGGCAUCUCUGGUUGAGUCCUAACAUAUUUUAUGUAUGUCAUCACAGUAUGGCUGGUCCAAAUGGCCCAUUUUGAGUGAUACGCUGGAUGACCAGAGAUGAUGGAUUAGAUCCUGAGUGUAGCCAAAGGAAUCAUUACAAAACCGGCACCCCCGUUUCAGAUCUCUCUCCUCUCUGAGCUUGACUGCCGCUGGGGCCUGUCACCCAGAAAUGCUCAGAGCUUUACUAUCCACGUUUAAUACUCUACACUAUCAACAGGCAUGGAGAUCAGAAGAUGUUGGAUUCCUUCAUUAUGAUGCUCUGAAAAUCACUGUCAACCUAAAAUGUAAUCAUUAUGAAUGUAACGCUAUGAGAUCUGUGGACGAAAGGCACCAUAUAAACAGGGGUCAGUGCUUGUUCUUUGAGCUCCAGCCCAAACACACUAAGUUAUUGCUCAUUCUAAGCAUUUAUACCAUGCUUGUCACAGUAGGAUCUGGGUGCCUCUUAUCCCAUGUAUUCCUUACCUUCCUCCCCCUUUUUCUUUCUUUCCCAGCUUAUCAUCUGUCUCGAAGAACUGCUUUUUCACUCUCUAUACUCUCUUUUUCCCUGCUGAUACAGGCCCAUCACUUCCUCAGUAUUUGAUCAGUUACAUGUAGCCCUGAUUUUCAUCACUCUGACAAGUCAGUUGCUUGAGAUAACACUCCCACACUCCUGAUCUCUGUGAUCAGAAACAAAGGAACAGUCAGACACCACAAGCCAUCAUCCUUAGUAUAUCUGACUGUUCCUUUACUAACUUUAGACUUUGCUAACUCCAGGUGGGUUGCAUCAACUGAAACAUUCCAGAGGAGCAUAUAAUAUUGACAUUUUCCCUCCUGUCUUUCUGGUUCUCUAAGCAUCAUAGUGUUGUAUUAUGGUCUGGAAAAAAAAGGGGGGGGGAGGGGAGAGAAACCAACUUAGAGAAUGUGCAAAAAUAAAUAAAACUGAUGCACAAGCUUGUAAAGCAAAAUGGCAGUGCACCCAGCCAGGGCCCCUUAAUGGGGGCACAGUAAGAGAAAUGUAACAACCUGGGGAUCCCAUGAUGCCUUGUUAUGAUUACACAGAUAUCAAGAGUACUGAACUGAUUAGGUUUUACAAACAGCCUUAAGUGUUCAUUAUAAUAUUUCUAAGAUAUUGAAUUUAUAACAUAUCUCUGGGGUCUGUGAUGUGAUUUGGAAACAAUCAUGCCAAACUGAUAAAUGCUGAGAAGUGCAGCAUUUAGAGCCAGUUUUUUCAAAAGGGUGUGUGGAAAAUGUCUGCAUGUGCACAUUUAUUUGCAGUAGUUGUGCACAAAAAUAGCCGUUUAGAUGUCUAAUUGAUCUAAUUAAUCACUUGCAUGUGCUGUUAUGACGAGUGAAUACACAGAUUUUGCACACAUCUGCAUGCAGAAUUCUGGAUGCUGUAAGUGAAUUGACAGUGAUAUUUGUUUAAUUCUCUGCUCUGCCCUUGUUUCUUUAUAAGAGACAGAAAUUUCAUAUGAAGGAGCUAUUGCUUUAAAUUAAAAUGAGAAUAAUUGUAGCAAAUGGAAAUAGCUGUAUUGUUAAGAAGUAUUUUUAAUCAAUGCCUCUUCCAAAAGUGGACAGUUUUUAAACUUGUGGGCCCAGGGGAAUUGAAGAACAAAAUAAAAGGGUAUUUGAUCA